UCGUGUAGUGGUCGCGACACAAGGUGUCCGGGAUCGUGUGAGAGAGAGAGAGGUGGUGUCGCGCGCGGCGAACGUGAAAGAGAGAGAGAGGCUACGACGGCGUGCGGGUGGCGGCAUGGAAUCGCACACGCCGAAGCGGGCCUCGCGUCCACCGGCGGAGGUGUUAGCCUGCAGCCCGCCGAUGGGCGACACGACCCUCUACCCGUGGAACUGGAGCGAAGAGGCGCGCAACGUGAACCUGAGCCCGGGCAGCUCGUGCUCCUCGCCAGAGUACAGGGAGCACGGGGUGGCGGCGGGCAGGCGGGCCGACACCAAGCACUCCACCGCGGCGGAGAGUCACCGGCGGGGUCGGCCGCGCGCCGACGCUCUCACGAAUCUCAUGAUGCAGGGUAGCACGUCGCCGAGCAGCAUCAAGUGCACCUACUGCAACCGGGUAUUCCCGCGCGAGAAGAGCCUACAGGCGCAUCUGCGUACCCACACAGGAGAACGCCCGUAUCCAUGCGACUACCCUGGCUGUACAAAGGCCUUCACCCAGUCAGGACAGUUGAAGACUCACCAACGGCUGCACACGGGGGAGAAGCCGUUCUUAUGCACCGAGCCGGGCUGUGAAAUGAGAUUCACCCAUGCCAACCGACACUGCCCCGAGCAUCCUUACGCCACGCUCACAAGAUCGGACGAUUUCGUUCUGAAGCCGGUUUCCGAGAACACGGAAUUACCGCAUGACGUCACUCGAUGGUUAGAGCGUUACAAGAUGUCGAGGGAGCGGGAGGACAGGACACCGACCGGGAAGAACGAGCGGAAGAAGACGUGGAAGAGUACAGUCGAGAACCACAGGAGGAUAAAGUCGAGGAAAGGCCUGAUGAUGGACACAGCGGGCGAGCAGGAGAACCUCGACCGCAAGCCGCCCAAUCAACGGCUGUACUGCGGAGAAAGUCACGACAGUCAGGAGGAGAGCCAGGACGAGGACACGACGGAGCCGUGCGCGAUGCUCCAGAUGUCCGAGGACGAGGAAGUGCCGGCGGUCAAGUCGGUGAUCGCACCGCUUAACACAUCCUUGGACAGACUACAACCAAAGAAGCGAUGGCUCAGGGAGGCCUGCCUGGAGCAGCAGCUAGCGAAGCCGCUGAACUGGGACGUCAAGUCCGACGUAACGUCCAUAUAUAAGAUCGACGAGAAGCAUUCGUUCAACGAUUGCACGGCUGAAUCGGCCGAACUGCGGUGGAACAUCACGCUGAACGCGCACAACGAACCGGCAGAGCCGACGAACGCUUCAUCGGACACCACUUCCUACGCCUCCCCUUGCGUCCCCUAUCUCUGCGAUAUGAAUCUGAACAAGGAAUCUCCAAAGGCGGUGGCGAUCAAGCAGGAGAACACGUACGACGUCGCGCACGUCCUAAACCAAUCGCCCUGGUCGGACUCGUUGAGCAGCUCGAUUCUGCUGCAAAAUUUGCAGGAUCUGUACAAGUUCGAAGACGGUGUCGAAAGACGGGCCGAUGCGGAGAUACAGUCCAGGCUGGAUCAUCGGCCUGGCGACAUCAAGCAAUACAGCCACCAAGAACUGGCUAAGCCUCACAUGAAUGAAAACGAGACCAGACCGACGGUGCUGAUGUUAGCCGGAAGUUCGAGUAGCGUCAACGGCAAAGAGAGGGAGGUCACUCCGAAACUGCCUACGAUGGACGUUCAGACAGCGGAGGUGAAGGUCGUGAAGCAGGAGAGCGAUGCGAUUGAGUUACCGAUACAGGACAAUAAGAAAUGGCUAGGUGCUCUGGCGUUGAUGGAAUUAGCUAAGACGCAGGAGGAAUCCACCGGUGGAACGCCUCUGAGUCUCAAGUACGACGACUCCUGAAAUGAAAUUAUAGCCAUUCAUAUGCUGUGAUUACCGUAACGCUGCGGUUACUGUAACUUUGUUAUUUUUAUACGCAGGAAGAUAAAUAAAAACCCCACUUCCUC